AUGAGCCGGUUUCAAAAUGUCGUGGUUUCUUGUGUUCUACUGGUUUUGCUUACAAUCUAUUGUUGGAUCUUCAAGAAGAAACCAGAACGUCCGGAAAAUUUUUUCUUCGCAAAAACUGGCAUGAUACCUGAUCUUACGUUUUCCAAGCUGGCUGAUUUAGAAAAUCAAAUGCUUACUGAUUUUGAUAAUAUUGCAUUGCGUUCAACAAACAGUAAUGAUGAAUUAACCCCUGUUCCUUCCACAAAAUAUGAAAUUUUGCCGAUUGUGAUGUUGAUAUCGUUGUCGAUGUCGGGAAUCGUCAUUAUUCUUAUUUUGACUCGCCGACGUUGCUUGCAAGAUGCUGAAUCCGAUUGUGAGAAAUGUUCUAGUACAUAUAUCCUGAGCAGCGAAGAAAAACUUCACAGGAGCUACAACACACGGGAUUUGCCAAUGUGA